AUGUCUUGGGAGGAUUAUCUCAAGAAAGUGUAUUACGAUCCAUCCACGGCUGGAAGUUUCACCGGAGUGGAUAAAUUAUGCCGAUACGUUCAAAAAGAGGGAAAAUAUGAUAUCAGCAAGUACAAGGUACGCAAAUGGUUACAGAGACAAGAACCCUACAGUCUUCAGCGACCCAUGAGACGACAUUAUCGUCGCAACCAGGUAGUCGUCGCUGGUCUCGAUGAUCAAUGGGACGCUGAUCUCACGGACAUGACCAAAUUCAGCAAAGAAAAUGAGGGUGUGCAGUUCGAUCACAACAUAGAACAUUUUUAUUCUCAAAACACCGAAGUGAAAGCCAACUAUGCAGAAAGAGCCAUCAAGACGAUCAAAACUAAGAUGUAUCGUUACAUGACAUUUAAACAAUCCCAACGAUACAUUGAUCGUCUUCAGGAAUUCGCUCAGAGUUACAACAAGACGUACCACCGCACUAUUGACACCGAGCCUGAACUGGUUAGACCAAACAACGAAGAAGAAGUGCGCGUGUCAACAUUCCUGUCUCGAGAAGAGAUCUCACGCAAGCAAUCAAAGCGGCCCUACAAGUUCAAAGUGGGUGAUAAAGUGCGCAUUUCGAAAAUAUCAUCCAUUUUUGACAGAGAAUACGAUCAAAAGUGGUCUGGUGAAAUUUUCAUCGUGUUUCGACGUUUCCUGAGGAACGGCAUUCCAGUGUAUAAACUGAAGGACUACAAUGACGAAGCCAUUACGGGGACAUUUUAUCAACCGGAACUCCAAAAAGUGGAUGUUAGAGACGAGGAUACGUUUAAGAUUGAAAAGAUCCUCAAGACCCGUGGAAGAGGACCAAACAAGCAAUAUUUUGUGAAAUGGCUGCAUUGGCCAAAGAAGUUUAAUUCUUGGAUAAAUGCUGAUGAUAUGGCUGCGUAA